GUCAUGGGGAUUGCAAGAAUGCCAUCUUGUCUGUGUCACCACAGAUAACGCCACAAACAAUAUCUCUGCAAUGGAACUGAAUGAGUGGGAACGGUUACAAUGCUUUGGUCACCGUCUACAGCUAGCCAUUGAGAAUGCUCUAAAAGAUCUCUCACCAGCAUCUACAAAGCAGGCUGUGGAAAGAGCAGUGGGAGUCUGUAAAAAGGUGGUGAGUGCCUUCUCAAACUCAUGGAAGAGAAAACGUGACUUGGCCAAGGCACUAGCAGCGCUGGGCUUGCCUCAGCAUCAGCUCAUCACCGAAACCCCCACAAGAUGGAGCUCGCACCAGCAGAUGAUAGCGAGGUUCCUAGAGCAGGAGAAAGCCCUUUCUCAGGUCCUCCUUGCAGACAAGAAGGCAAGACAUCUGGUGCCAAGCUGGCAAGACAUGGCAUUGCUGGAGUCCUUGAACAAAGCACUGGGUCCACUGUUCGAGUUCACUGACACUUUGUCGGGGGACAAGUAUGUCAGUGUGCCUUUACUGAAGCCAGUACUGCACCUAUUCAACAAUGAAAUCCUCAGCUGGAAGGAUGGGGACACAGAGCUCACACAAGCUGUCAAAGAGGGUGUUCUCAAGUACCUCAAUGAAAAGUAUGAUGACCCUACUACUGAUAACCUCCGCGAUAUGGUGACACUUGUUGACCCACGAUUUAAGACGGCCUACAUGAAGGAAGACCGGGUGGAGUUCAUCAAGACAAGAGCUGCAGCAGAGCUGGUGGGCAUGGUGGAGGGAGCCACGGCACCAGAAAGUGAACAAACAGCAGCAGCCUCCAGUUCACCCCAAGCUGCUCAAGAUGAUCCGGAGCAUCCCCAUCCCACAAAGAAAAAGAAAAGUUUAGGUAGUUACUUUAAGAAGGCAGUUCAAGCCAGCACCCACUCACAACCCAACAGGGCAUCCAUUGAACUGGAGGUCUCCAUGUAUCUCCAGGCACCUGGGCCUGACUCAGAGACAGACCCACUAGAAUGGUAGAAGCAGCAUGAGCUGAACUUCCCAUUGGUGGCCAGGCUUGCCAAAAAGUCUCUCUGCAUUCCCGCCACUAGUUCUUCAUCUGAAAGGGCGUUCAGUGCGAGUGGGAACAUCAUCACAUGCAAGAGGUCCCCAACAACACGUUUAUGUAGGGCCGACAUCGGGCCAAUGUAUGUCAGCUACGUCCGCCAGACGUCACAUGGAGAUCUUUUGCUCAUUGCUAUGACAUUGCUGAGAUGUCGGCCAGCCAUCGUAAAUGACUACUGGCCGAUGUCUAAACGAUUCAAGGCUUUGAUCACGGGCUGACGUAUUUACGAUGCAACGUUACCCCCCACACACACACACACACAAUUUAACAUUUAAAGUACACAGUAUUGCAUCAUCACCAGUGUUCCGUGUAGCCAGCGACCCUCUCUCUGCCCAUCCAGUGGUGGCCUCCUGAAACAAAAAGGGCAAGACAUACCCAGAGACCUGUCCUAGAUCAGCCCAAUCUCCCAUCACCCAAAUGCACACGAGUCACA